CCUCUAACUUUCUCUUAUUUUUAUCUAUUUGUUUAUUUCUCGCUUUUCCUUUCUCCUCCUUCUCCUUCUCUCUCUUCUUCUUCCGGCAUUUCCAUUCCAUCCCUGAAUCCCUGAUCCCUACCGGAGCGAGCUCUGCUCGGUCUUCCCCAUUCCCUUCUCAAGCUGAGAGGCGGCUGCUUCCCCCAGUCUCCGCUCCGGCUGCCAGCCGCAUUCGUCGGAUCCUCUCCGCCGCCCGCGCACGCAACCCCUCCAAGCCUCACUCCACUGGUACAAGCAAGCCAGCCAAGCAACCCCGGAUCGGAGGAAGACUCGCCUGCCGUGGAGCGCAGAUCUACCCGGGACUUCUGCCAUUGCUCCGUCUCCUCCUCCUCGGACACACCAUCCAGGCCGCUGGGGAUUUUUGUGCUGUGUGCAAGCAUUCUUCUUGAGAACCUUUUUGUGCGACGUCAAAGAAGAAGUUGAAAAUUAUCUACAGUGUAUCCAGUGUCUACCAGUUUGGUCCUCUGGUGUUCUGCAUCAGGUUUGCAGCAACCUGCACAGAUUCAGUUCAUGGUGGCUGGAUGAGCAGCUGAAAUGCUACUGGCCGUGGAGGGUGGAGGGUUUUUCUCAUCAUCAGCAUCAGGAUAUAGCCAUGGCCUUGCUCUCUUGCUGCUUGGACGGAAAGGUGAAGAGAAGCACGACAAGGGGUCAACAUGCAGUCAUUAUAGGCUAGUUGGUCAAGAAGCUGAGCAUGAAUGCCAAGUGCCUUCAGGGAAAAAUGAUGUUCCUGGUAAAUGCGCCUCCUUUAUCUGCUUUGGCUGCACGCCUGCUAGGCUUGUGGGGGCAUCUCCUCCAAAAUUGGGCUCAAGUAAUGCGCCUGGGAGCUCAUCAGAGCAACCAUCCAGCUCAUCAACUGGGACAGCCACAACUAAUGGUUCCAUCAAUGGAAGUGGUAUAAAAGGUUGUCUUAAGAGCAACCUGAAAAGGGAUUCUUCAGAGUGUUCUACAUUAAGUUGUAGUGAGGAGCCGCGCGAGUCGCUGGAAGAGGUGCAAACCUUGAGAUCUGGUGUGGAGCGGAGAAAAGUUCAGUGGACGGACACAUAUGGGAAGGAACUUUUCGAGAUAAGAGAAUUUGAAGUCAGUGAUGAUGGCCUAUCUGAAGAUGAUCUAGAAAACGAUGGUUUCAGGAAAUGUGAGUGUGUGAUUCAGUAAUCUUGGUGUCUGCAAAGUGCCUUGGCCAAGACAAUGCAGUGCUCCAAGGUAUUUUGAAAGCUGCUGGUCAUGUCAUCAUGACAAGAUGCACAGCUGUUGGCUUCGUGGCGAUCAGGCCAAACUGACACUCACGGGGGAAUUUGGGGACAUAUUAUUUUGUAUUACUUCUGUUCUCAUGUUCAGUUAGUGCACAUAAUGUUUAGGGCUACAAUUUUGCCAUCGCUGAUUACUUUCCAUCUUUGAUUUCUCCUGUCCAAUGUAUUGCCCCUGCUAUUCUUUUCUUGUGUGUCCUGUUGCGCUAUCUUGUUUGUGCCAUAUGUAACUUCUCAUUCUCUCGGUGUUGGCUGAUGGUGAUGCAUUGA